AUCUGAUCUAAGACAUAUCAAUUGCUAUACCUAGAUCUGACCUUGAUAUCCGACAAAGAAGCAAAUCUCGUCUUUGAAACAAGUAAGGCUGGGAAGAAGAACGGGCAUCGUUUGUAACGUAGCUCGCCCCCUAGGUCCGAGGCACGGGCGGAACAUCAGCAAACAUUGAUAGGCUGGUCCUUACAGGGCUGCCGUGCCUUAGCCUUAUCUAAUCGGGGGGUCGGCGGGGUUGGUUGGAGGGGUCAAAACACUUGUGUUCGCGAUCCAGAUGACAAUAGGCUAUGAGCAGUUGAUACUCGAAGGAGAAGAGAAGAGAAGAGGAAAGAUCUCAUGAGAGCAUGUUCGUCGUGCCCUUGUACUGUGACUUAAUUGCCCACGCACUUGCGGGAAGCAAUACUUGUAUACCUACACAGGGGUCUCGGAAACCCGCAGGGAAGGUUGAGCUAGUCCACCUGUCCACCUCCCACCAAAUGCUCGCUUAGAAAAAACAUCAAAACUUCUUUCCUUCUUCGGACUUCGGAGUAUUUUGAGGCGACAGCAAUCAAACAGACAUUGAAUAUACUACCACGGUAAACAGAAUGUUUAUGGUUCAAUACAAUUUGCACGUAUGUACAGACUCUAAUUUGGCUAUCCACAAAAGCCAGGUAUCAUCACAUCCAGCCUUGAGAGCCUGAAACAUCUUGCGGGUACCUUGUCCUCCACCUACCCACGUGAUUCACCCGCAACCAUCAGCUCGCCUAUUCAUCAACACAUCAACAGUCUAAGCUUCUCAUUCAAGGCUCUCACAAUGACAUCUCCUUCCCAAGACGACAUUCUCUCCGACGACGGCGGCGGUCUCGACCUCUUCACCGAACCCGCCGACUACUACCCUCCCUCACCCACCCCCACAACAGAAACCCACACUCUCCUCUCGGGCCGCACCCUUACCGUCAACCUCGUCGGGCACAACCCUCUCUGGGGUCACCACCUCUGGAACGCCGGCCGUCUAAUCUCCACCUAUCUCGAGAAGAACCCUUCUCUGGUGAAAGACAAGACGGUACUGGAGCUUGGCGCGGGAGCGGGAUUGCCGAGUUUGGUGUGUGCGGUGCUGGGGGCGAGGAAGGUCGUUGUGAGUGAUUAUCCGGAUCCGGAUCUGGUGGGGAAUUUGUGGGGGAAUGUGGAUGCGUUUUAUAGUGGGGAGAAGGGCGUAGAGGACGGGAAGAGAGAGGAGAGGAAGUUGGUUGCGGAGGGGUAUUGUUGGGGGGCCGAUGUAGCCCCGUUACUUGCUCAUCUUCCUAAAAGCGAGAAAGGGGAUGAGGCGAAGGGUUUUGAGGUGUUGAUCUUGGCGGACCUAUUGUUCAACCACUCGGAACAUGGGAAGUUAGUCUCGACGAUUGAGAAGACGCUGCUUAAAAGCGAGGAUGCUAAAGCACUAGUUUUCUUUACGCCAUAUAGACCGUGGUUAUAUGAGAAGGAUAUGGCGUUCUUUGAUCUGGUGAGGGAGAAGGGCUUUGUGGUGGAGAAGGUGUUAGAGGAGAAGAUGGAGAAGGUUAUGUUUGUGGAAGAUAGGGGAGAUGAGGAGUUGAGGAGGACGGUGUUUGGGUAUGUAGUUAGGUGGAAGUUCCUAUUGGGAAGCUGAUUUAGGAUAGGAGCUCGAUUGGGUAGAUUGUGAUGUACUCUGAUGAGAAGAAAUCACAAUAUGUAUUACCUGCAUGAGUUCAAUUGUCUCUCCUUUGUAUAAUAAAAUAUCCAGAUAUCAUGCUUUGAACUCGCUCCCUU